GGUACCCCCCGCUACACCGGUCAUACACAGGCCUCCACCUCCAAAUUGAGCAUGAGACAAAAAGCCACGACCCAAAAGGGUGGCGUCUCCCACACCAAAGCCCCCACGUCUAAAAAAAGACCAACACCACAAGACCAGGAGUUUGUCCGAGUCAUCACCACAACCAGCAAAGACACAAUAAUUCACAACCUCAGGAUUCCCAAGGGUCCUCCACCGUCUGAGAUUCUUCCAACUCGAGAGGAUCUAAUUCAAGCUGAAGAGUCCAUGAAGUUGCACAAGCUGGAGGCGACGCGGCGUUGUGAAACGAGCUGUGCUGACGCUGCAAAAAUAGCCCAGAAAGUUCGACAGCGCACAUUAGGUCGGGCCCAUCACUUGAUGAUGGAACAGGAGUAUGAUAUCAGAAACCUCAACAGCCUCAUUAUUGGAGCUAAGUAUGACGCCCUCAAUGAGGCCAAGAUGAAGGAGAAUAAAGAGCUCCGGGACAAAUUUAUUAAAGAGGAGAAGGAUCUGGAAGAUAUGGACAAUUUGACCAUUAAAAGGUAUUGGGAGGCCAUUGAGGACAGAGAGAGGAGACAGCGACAGUUUCGAAUUGACAGACGGAUGCGCAUCAUUGAGCAGAUCGAGCAAAACCUGGAAGUGAAGAGACGUGAGAAUGAGACGAAAAUGUUGGAGGGGGAACAAAUCCGACAGGAAAAUGAGAGGAGGCGACAGCAAAUAAUCUUGGACAAGAAGAGGAAGCGAGUCGACGACCUGCGUAUGCACGCGGAAAACAUGCAAAUCAAUGAGAUCAUCAUGAGCAAGGACAAGAGGAGAAAGGAGGAGUUGCUGGCUGACAUGAUACACAUGGAGCACGUUAGAAGAAACAUAGAGAAGGCAGACAGGUAUGACGAAGAACAGAGGCAGAUCAGGGUAGAGAAAGACAGGCUUUUUAACGAGGGCCUCGAACAAUCGGUGAAGGAACGUAAGCUCUUCUUCAAAGCCAAGAAGGAAGAGGAGGAUAUAGAGAAAAACUGGCGGGAUUAUUACCAAACGCAGAGAACGUUGCACGUUUCUGACUAUACAAAGAACAAGCUUGAUCAACUGAAGGUUUCGGGGCUCCCUGAAAUAUACUACCAUAAUGUGGAAAGAGGUUCAGGGGUCAGUUCCCAAAAUGAACAGACACACAGCAAUACAGACACGAUAGGGCAAGCGCGCAUGCCCCGCAUCCAAAAAAUGAAAACAGCCCAGUGCUGGUCGUACAUUUAAGCAUGAGGUCAAAGGAGUGCAUGGCAGUCCUGGUCUUACCAAGAUUCGUAUUCUGAUCCGAGAGGGAACGGUGUCACGACAUACCUGGUUAAGUAUAUCAACACAUUAUGCAUGGGCUUUGUUUUUCAUCUCACGUUUCAUCUCUCAUCACACUUUUCUCCUUCAAAGACGAUCGAGCCAUCUGAUAUUCUGACACUGGUGGACACUGAUGGGGAAAGGGUUUCCUUGAUGACAACCGCACAGACCUCUACAAAGCAGGAUAGAUAUCCCAGCUUUCACUGAGUGUGCACCUGCCAGUCCGCGCUGCUUCUCAGCACACAGAGCCACAAAGACGCCAACAUAGAUGUCUGCAGGACAGAGAGCUGCCCCUCCAGUGUUGAGAAGAAGACGAGAAGGACAACAACUGCCCUCAGAAGCUGCUGUGGUCUGUUUCUGUACCCAAGAGGAGAAGAAUUAGAAGAAGUGGAGGAAGAAAAGAGGCCAACAUGUCCAACACUCUGCUGAGGAGAAACUCUAGCAAACAGGGUCUGCAGAACCUGAUGAGGCUGACGGCUCAGAGGAGCAUUGAAGACGCAGAGGAGGUGGAGAGGGAGCGCCGUCGGAGAGCUCGAGAGUCUUUCCAAAGGAGGAACAGCGGUUCAUCCCCUGGAGAGUCCUCACCAGAGAAUGAGAUGGCCACAGAGGAGAAUGUGUACAAUAGUGACUUUAAACCAAGCGGCUCUCCGUCUUUGGAUGAGGACGAAGGCUUCAGCGACUGGACUCAGCGCAGAGAGAGACAGAGGCAGCAGCGACUGCAGGAGCUCUGUCAGGGAGGGGAAGCGGACGAGGAAGAGGACGAGGGGACAAUUAACAAAGCUGCACCUGUCAAGAUGGUCCGGGCCUCUGUCACAUCCUUCAGCCGAAUCCAGCAACAGGAGCAGGAAGAGACGGACAGGGCCAGGAUGGAGGAAGAGAAGAGAAAGAAAGGAGAGGAGGAGAUGGUUAAAGCCGAGAGGGUCAGAAGAGAGAAAGAGGAGAAGAUGGAGCAGGUCAUGAUCAGGAGGAAAGAGGAGGCUCAAAAACCAAAACCAGUAGUGGAGAAAAGGAAAGAAGUGAAAGUUUCCUACACGUCUAAGGUUUUCCUUCACCAGGAGCCAAAACACAGCCACACCAAUGGAGACGCAGCCAGUGAGGAGGUGGUUUCACACAUCGUCAACAAGACAAAAAGAUCCACCAGCAGAACCACAGACCCAGAGGAGGCGGAGGCCAUCCUAGAGACGGAGCAGCGGCUGGAGAAGAUCAGACGAGGCCUUCAGGUGAAGGAGAGCCAAGAACUGGAGCAGCUGAAAGACCGGCAGGCUGAGGCCGAGCAGGAGCUGGAAGUGCUGAAGAGAAGGAGGGAGGACCGACGCCGGCUUCGGGAGGAAGAGGAGCGCCGACGGGAGGAGGAGGAGCAGCAGAGGCUUGCCAAAGAGGAGGAGGAGAGGAGACGGAUGAAAGAGGACAUCGAGAGGAGGAGGAUGGAGGCAGCAGAGAGAAUGAAGAGCCUGAGCACAUCUAGUGUGGACGAUGAUGAAAUGUUCAGUCCCUUCAGUCCCAAAACUCCCACACACAAGAUCACACAGAGAACGGAGUCCUUGAACCGCUCGCUGAAGAAAAGUAACAGCUUCAAGAAGACACAACCUCUCGUCCUCCUGUCCAAGAUUGACGACAAGCUGGAGCAGUAUGCCCAUGCUGUGGAGAACUCACAGGAGUCUCGGGCAGUGAAGGCAUCACUGACAGACCUGCCCAGCUCCCCUGAGGUUGUCUCCUCCAAGAAGAACCUGUUUGAAGCCGGAGAAGCCUGGAGCCAGAGUCCCAUCAAGGGAGCAACCAGCAAGGACACUGAUGGUAUAAAAGUGGGCGUGGCCAGCCUGAUCACCCAGUGGGUGAAAGGCCCCUCCGACGGCGGGAGACAGUCGCCGGGCAGACCUGCAGAUGUGAGACCUGGAGAUGUGAUGCAGAAGAAGAACAUGUGGGAGAUCAUCGGAGACUCGUCUGGGAGGCCGGGCCAAAGAGCCAAUAAGGGAUCAGCCGUUGGUAAAAAGUACAAAUUUGUCGUGACUGGUCACGGUAAAUACGAGAAGAUCCCGAUGGACGAUGAUGAUGAUGAUGAGAAUGGGGGGGAAUUCACAAACGGAAAGUCUGAUUUGUGUCAUGGUGAUUACUAAGCAGAUGUCCUCUCUUCAGGUUGUCCUUACUACAUAUGUCCAACAGAAGCAGCUCUUCAAUACCGUUACAAUAUCUGAUCAAUAAUUUGAUAAUAAAACAACGUUCAGUUUGACAAACUCAACAGCUCAAAUUCAAAAGAUUUCAUCAUGAAAUAUUUGUUCAAUUUCCUCUUUGGUUUUUGUAUUUUUCUUCCCAUUCUGUUUCUGUUACAUAUACAGUAUAUGUCUGUUUAUGAUCUUUACUUUACCGCCCCACCCCUGCCCCCACAGUACAAUGGUUAGGUCAGUGAUUCCUAGUGAUUGAUCUUGUAUGGUGGCAUGGAGGGACAUUGAAAAAGCUUCUGAAUAACAGAAAAAUAUUCAAAUCCUGAAGAACAAUCUGAAAACAAUUGGGCUUUGAGUAAACAUUGAACGUUUUACAUAAUGAUAAGUAAUUUUUUUGGUCAUCAUUUGGCUCACUGUGCAGCCAUGUACCAAAAAGUGGAAGAUUUGGUGUGUGUUACACAAUAACAUCUAUCAUAUAUACACUUGAUCUGUACAAUCAUACUGCUCUGUCUAUGUUUUAGUUCAACUCACUGGUUCCUUACGCUCUCUAUCUCUUCACUACAGUAUGUUCAUUUACUGAAAUAUCUGCUUGUAUGUGUUUUGUAACAGAAUUUCUAUGAAUAAAUUAAAAUAAUUUUCUACUAUA